UGCCAGACACGUUGAGUAGGCUGAGUGGCGGUAGGCAUGUUUUUGGAGGCAAAGUUUUUCCUUUAUAUUUUUCGCCGCUGAAUAAUUCAUCUCCGAACAUCGCUGCUUUGCGGGGAAACUUUUGUUCGAAAUCGAAAGUAUGCCUGAUGUCCCUAGAGUGUUUUCCGGUCCAAAAUCAAUCAUAUCAGAAUUACAAUGGAUAUGCCUACCGUUGGAAAAACAGCAUUUAUUUCUUUCAAAAGGAAAGCCUUUGCAACAGCCAACUGGAUGCUUAUCAAUAGAAAAAGAGGUCAGCGGGCGGCUUCUUACCAAAACAAUCGCUCAACUUUUCCCAUCAACCUGUGGCAUCUGUACAGCCGGUGGGAUGGUGUGGAGGAGGCAAGGAGGCAGUCAACCAAAGCGCAUUCAAUCCGGCCAGGAUCGGUCCAUCCCGAUCGGGAAAGGGAAGCAGGAAAAUACUAUAACAACAAACGUCCUCAUCCUCGUGCCCUCCCUACCACCACCUUCAACUUGCUCGCCACUCCCAGCCCUUAACGGAAUCGUCGUAACCGGCAUAGAACUUGUCGCCGCACCUUUUGCGGCUAACUUUCGCUUACCGGAGCAAUGGCAGGACGCUGACGCGUACCUUGCACUGGUGAGGGUCGGAAAAGCGACAGGAAAAGCGAAACAUCUCCGAACACCGUUCGCCCCGAAUCGCCCGAACUGUCCCGAACGCGUCCCGAACCGGUUCCGGUGUCACGCGGGAAAGCAGAUCCGGUUUUUUUUGUUGUUCCUGCAACACGGCAUCGUAUUCGCGCCCCGGCAGCCGAUCGUCACUGCUGCGUGCAAGGAGAAAAGCCGAACAUCGCCAAACGCACAGGCCGAUUAUUACGAACAUGAAUUGCAAGUGAUGCUGUGCUGCUUCGUUCGGCGAACGAUGAUGAAUGACGACAAGCAGCAGCAGCAGUGGCGGCAGCGGCGGCAGAUUGCCAUCACCAUUCGCACUGUAUAGAGAGUGUUGCGGGCGCCAGGUCCGCCGUCAGUCAGCUGCCGGCAGUCAGCGCGAGCACACCGGUUCUCGUGGUCGUUCGUUGGCCGUCGUCCUCGGUACCCCGUACCGGAUGUUUUCGCGUCGGAGUGGUAGUGCACGAGUGCUAGUUAAUUGAAGCAGUCAAAAGAAGAAGAACAAAAAAACAGCCAUCCGCCGUACACCUUUGAUUGGAUUCGUGACCCACGGCCGUGACACCGUGACUUUCACACGUCUGUACCUGUCACGCACGCACGCACGCACGCAUCGUUUCAACGACAAAGGACUUUACAGGUUUGGCACGCAAAGGCGACGGUCCAUUCGUGCUUUGUGAUGUUUUAUUUCCUUCUUAUUGUGUGAGUGUAUGUGUAUAUGUGUGUGUGUGUCUACAUGUUCCGGUGUAUUGUUUGGUGAAGCACGUUCCACUAUUGCGCUGGAUUGCUUGAAACGUGUCCGAGCCGAUCGGGUGUAGUUGAAUCGAAAUCCGUUUUACUCGAAUCGAGUCCUUGUGUUCCCCCGACCCUCAUGCCUUCCGAGUUCACCUCCCGUUCACCGCCAGUCGCCGCGACGAAAGCGCGAAAGCAAAGGCCACUCUAGAAAGGAUUCUCAUUACAAAUCUCGAGUGUCCAAUAGGCAAAACCGGGGAACACAACGAGAAAAAGAAAAAAAAAGGGAUCCAUUCCAAAAGUGUUUGGCGAGCGCUCUUAGUGGCAGUAGGCGGUGAUCGCGGUGGUUUAAAAGAAGAGCAAGAGAAAAAAAACAAAUCCGUGCAAACCGAAAGAGUGUGGUGCAAAUGGGUUUGCCAAGUUGUGCCGGAAAGUCAGCGAUCCCGCCAUGGACGGUAGCGUAUUGCACGUGCAAACCUCGCUAGAAGACAGUGCGCGCGUACGAAGAAGUGUGUGAAAGUGGGCUAGAAAGGACUGUGGGUCCUCAGUGGUCAUUUCCAGCGUGUGGCGCUCUGGUGGCUAGUGCAGGGCAGGCUGCAAAUUCACCACCACCCGAAACCCAUCAUCACGCGGCCGCGGCUUCAUUUGCAGACGCUCGGGGAAAGUUGUGCCAGCAGUGUGCAGCGAACGAAAAGUAACUGUUUCGCAGAAGAGUUAUUAAGUCUGGGUGGUGCAAAAAUUGACACGAGCAACAAGAGAGCAAAAAAAAACAGGCGAACUGUGCGUGGAGGACGACGAGCUGCGAUGGUAGUAGUGUGUGAUGACACACCGGGACUAGCAGCACGACCUCAACCUACGACCCCGCGUCGUACCCGGGAUGCAAUGGUGUGCAGCGGCGAUGACACGAGCAGUUCCAUGCGCUAAACUUGUGAAGCGCUAUUAAUUGGUGACCGAUGCCAGCAAAUACAGCAAAAGUCUAGACGCAAGAGCACUCUCGCGAAAAAAACACUCAACUCAACGUACUCUGGAGCGCUUGGUACCUCGAAGUGCACCGAAAUUACAGCGAACCUCCAUUACAGAACGGAACGCCGGUCAGUAGCGGCAGACACCAGUGGUCUGCGGUCCUGUCCAGCAACUAGUCGCAGCAAUCUGAUUGCAAUCUACCAUACAGCCGGGUGCGCACAAUCAACCGGGGGAUACAACAGGAGGGGCACAACGGAGCAAACGGAGUGCACGGAGCGCAACAAAAAUUCCAUAGAUAUGGUCCGCCAUGGUGUCAACAAACGGUGGCCCUUCUACUGUCGCUGCUGCUGUUGCCGCUGCCGGUACUGCUGCUGCUACUGCGGCUGCCGCUGCUGCUGCUGCUGCGGCGGGGUCCGCGUCCACCCUCAGCACCGCUGAUGCGACACAACUGUUCAUCAACACAACGCUUGACUCAUGUGCCCUUAAAUAUGAAGAGUUCGUUAUACCGAAUACAGUUCCUUACUGCAACUGGACCUGGGAUAGCAUACUAUGCUGGCCCCCGACACCAGCCAAUUUGACAAUAAGACAGCGAUGCCCUCCAGCACACGGAAUCGAUACCUCAAAGUUUGCCGAACGACGAUGCAGUGCCGAAGGACAGUGGGAGGGCAAACCGGGCUCCCCGCCAACCCUUCACGGAUGGACCAACUAUACGCCCUGCUACAGCCCGGAAGUUAUACAACUGUUUAGAAAGCUUUACGCCAGCGGCAGCGACGACGAAGCGAAUGACAAGUUUGACAUUGCCGAGCGAACGCGCACACUGGAGACGGUGGGAUUUAGUCUUUCACUAGUAGCGUUAAUUGUUUCGUUAGUCAUAUUUUGUAAAUUUCGCGGUCUGCGCAACAACCGGACGCGAAUACACAAAAAUCUGUUCGUUGCCAUGGUGAUACAGGUGGUGAUCCGCCUGACCGUAUACAUUGACCAAGCGAUCAUACGAAGCGGUGGCAAGAAAGGCAACGAAAGCUCCCGCCAAGGAAUCGAUAACACUCUUUUCCUGUGCGAAGCGUCGUACGUGCUGCUGGAGUACGCCAGGACCUGCAUGUUUAUGUGGAUGUUUAUAGAGGGACUAUAUUUACACAACGUAGUGACGGUGACAGUAUUCCAGGGAAGAUUUCCCCACAAGCUUUACGCGAUCGUCGGCUGGGGCGGCCCACUCAUACUGACCGUCAUCUGGGCCAUCAUAACCGCGCAGUACAUCCGGCAGCAGAAAUGCUGGUGGGGAUACAACUUGACGCCUUAUUACUGGAUUUUGGAAGGUCCAAGACUAGCAGCUGUCGUGUUAAAUUUCAUAUUUCUACUCAACAUUAUACGAGUGCUGAUCGUGAAGCUGCGCCAAAGCCACACCAGCGACGUGGAGCAGGUCCGGAAAGCGGUCCGGGCGGCGGUCGUCCUCGUGCCGCUGCUCGGCAUCACCAACAUACUGAACAUGACGCAGGCACCGCUCGACAAGACGGCCCUCGAGUUUGCCAUCUGGUCGUACGUGACGCACUUUCUCAGCUCCUUCCAGGGAUUCUUCAUCGCGCUGCUGUACUGCUUCCUGAACGGGGAGGUACGGACGGCACUGAUGAAAAGCAUCAGCGUGUACCUGUCGCUCCGUGGGCACCACGAUUGGGCGAUCCGGCGCCAGUCCCUGUUUUCCGCCGGCUAUCCAACCGCCCCAAUCAACGAGACACCACACGCAGGCGAACCGCAACGCACCCCCAACACCAACAAUAACAACAACAACAAUAAUAAUAGCAGCAGAAACGCCGCCAGCAACAAUCUGCUGGCCGGGGCCGCCAGCAGCAACAACCAUCACACCGCCAACGGUGGUAUGGCCGGCGGCAACGCGAACGGUUUCCGGUGCGGCUGGUUUAGCCGCUGCUUUUUAGUACAAAACACACCCACCCGUCCGCACCGGAGCCGGCCCCGCCCGAGUCAGUUGUAUUCGAUAUUUCCGACUAGUUGUGUUGCCUCCCUGUGUCUGUGUGUGUGUGUCCUUGUUUGUGUGUGUAUUUUAGUUCCGAUUUUGGUUUUAGUGUCCUUCCUUAACCAGCGUGUGAUGGCGGCUGGCGGAACACGCCCGAAGUAGUACACCGAUCCAAGAGACUAUACGAAACUAGUAAAGCUUUACCACACACACACCCUCCCCAAAUGACUACCGCUGCAGUGAGGUGAAGGUGUGUUGAAGAGAGGAGUCAAUGGAGGAGCACAACACACACGCACAAAAGAAACCAACACAUUGCUAUAUCAGGGCAGCGCAACAGAAACGUGGCGGGGAGAAGCAACGCACGUGCGACGAACGCACGCUUAGGGACAUUGGGGCGUGGAGGAGAGCAGGAGGCAUUUCGAAUUUUAUAUAAACGAUUGUUCUGCCGCCAAAACUUUAUUUAAAAAUAGCAAAAGGGAAAGGGGCAGAUGCGGACGGAAGGACGGAAAUUUAUCAAAUUAUUGCUUACGUACGAAUCGAAUUUACUCUGUUACAGAUCGUAGGUUAUAAUGGGGCAAACGGGGCUGAUUGUUAAAGGAAAGAACCCUUAGAAAGGGGGGAGGGGGAGGCACAGAGUGGGUUCCCGUUCGCUGUUUCAAUAUACAUUAUGGCACAUAUUUUAUGGAGGGAAGCGCGAGGGACGACAGAGGAGAAGAUGUUACUAAUAUUAACGAUUGUCGAUUGUUUUUUGUCGAUUGUUUCGUAACUGGAUGAGCCUAGCGUUUAAGGGAUGUCGCAAACAAAUACGUAAAAAGAAAAGAAAGAGCCCAAAUCUGCACAGCAGCAGCAGCAGCAGCACUACAAACAAACAAAGCGAAACCUAACGCCCGAAAACGCGCAAAAGGGGGCGCAGAAACGGCUUUAGAUUGAUUUAUGUGUAAAAAGCAAAGCAACGCAAACUUCAAACCGAACAAAUAAAUGCAAUGUUGUCUGUUUUUGUACAAUGUG